AGAAAUUAGGAGUUGCUGUUGGAUCUUUAGUACUUUGUCAGGUUUACGCAUCGAGCCAGACGAGGAAAAUGAAACUGCUUUGGAGUGUCUUGAGAUCGUUGAAGAAAAGAUUGUUGUUGAGGAUGACAUUGAAGAGUGCAAAGCUGAGGAAAAUACCUGUACUGCUGUGACAUAUGUCUAUAACAACCCUUCAAUCAAUACAAUUGAAAAGCUGUGUUUACAAAGAGACCAGAUGGAAGGAAUGACAUCAGUCCCACUCAGUCACUAUUUGAGAACUUGCGAAGGGGAUGCAGAAGCAAUUGACAGCCUGCCUAGCCCAUGGAACUUGGAGGAGGAGGAUAAUCCCCAUCCAGAUGAAGAUGAUUUUCAGGAGAAGUUCUCUGCAAGUCAGCAAGAAAGUAUCAGCUGUCAAGUGGGAAGCAACGGGAUGUCACGAAUGAAGCGUGACCGUGACGACACAGACAACAAUUGUGCUACAAAAAGAGCUAGAACAGUUUUCGGCAGAAGGCAGAGAAAUCCAGAAUGGCUGGAAGAGGAGCUGACGUCAGAUUUAGGGUCUCACCAGCCAUGGUAUCUUAAAGGUAAUAAAAAGAAGAAUAAAGAUGUGUUUGGUGAAGUAAUUCAUGUAAAGAGAACAUUCAAAAAUCACAUUAGGAAAAAUAAAACUUGGAAAGUGUUCUUGCCCUCCCGUGCAAAAUAUGCUUCAGUCGAGAGUAAUUCGCACGACAGUGGUGUUUGCUGCAAUUCUGGCCAAAGCCCCUAUUAUCCACACCCACUUCUAAGCACCAUAAAUGAGCUCUACAAGGGAGCAUCACCCUCACAGGUUGAAGAAUCAAACAAAGCAAAGAAAGGGGAACCAUACAUGGGUCAGAUUCCCCAUGAACUUUACAAUAAGUCUGGGUAUAGAUAUGUGGACUUGGACAGGCCCAUAGAGUAUUACAACUUUGAUUUUGAUAUGGAAGGGAAUCUGUUAGCAACUACAGCUUUACCUGAAGUCGAAUUUGGAAAGAAUUCUUCAAGUGAAAGGGAUGUGUUUUUUGGUGAGCAGGAGAGUGAUUCCUUUUCAAGAGAUUUGGAAACAUUCAAAAUGGACAAGGAAAGUGGAAAUAGGCUAUACACAGAAGCUCCCGAUUUCAUUUGCAGAGCAACUACACCUUGCAGUGAUGCUGAUAAUGAUCUCAACACACCGCAGAUGACACCAGUACGUGAAGCAGAUUCUCAACAGUGUAUAUUCAAAGACUGGACUCUAAGUUACACAGCCAGUGGUUUUGAUAGUGACUUUGAACGGCUGUGGAAUGACAGUUAAUUGAGUUAAUUUCACCAAGAGUAAAUUGGUUAAGAAGUUGAUAAAUUCAUAUGAUAUAUGAACAAGGUAUUAAGUUACAGCCAAAACUGAAAACAAUGAGAUAAAAUUAAGUUAAUUACCUUCAGUUAUGGAAGAUUUUAACACAAUUGAUUUUAUUUGUAUAUUGCAGUGUUUUUCUGCAUCAGCGAAUGAUUUUGUUUGAUAAUUAUUUCAAGGACUUAUGUUUAAUUUCUUUAUGUAUAGAGAUAAUUCAUUACAUAAUUUGUAUAUUUGUUUGCAUUUUAUAAAUUAAGAAGAAUUGUGCAAAUGUAAUUGUAGCAAAUAUCAGAUAUGAUAAACUGGGAUCAUAUGAUUCAUACUGAGCAUUAGUGUCUGUUUUGAAAGUAUAUAUUUCAAUAUGGAAAUAGGUUUUAAUUUU